GGCAGGAAUAAUGGAGGUUAAAGGUCGAACGGAAGUUCCAGAAGCUUCUGGUGGCCGGGCUGUCUGCGAGCUAUGGCUAAACAUCAUCCAGAUUUGAUCUUUUGCCGCAAGCAGGCUGGUGUUGCCAUUGGAAGACUGUGCGAAAAAUGUGAUGGCAAGUGUGUAAUCUGUGACUCCUAUGUGCGUCCCUGCACCCUGGUGCGAAUAUGUGAUGAAUGUAACUAUGGCUCUUACCAGGGGCGCUGUGUGAUCUGUGGAGGCCCUGGAGUCUCCGAUGCCUAUUAUUGUAAGGAGUGCACCAUCCAGGAGAAGGAUAGAGAUGGCUGUCCCAAAAUUGUCAAUUUGGGGAGCUCUAAGACAGACCUCUUCUAUGAACGCAAAAAAUACGGCUUCAAGAAAAGGUGAUUGGUGGGUGGCCCCUUCCUCUCCCCAUCAAGCUGCCGCAGCUGCCAGAAAAAACGCCUACUACUACCAGCAGAACGGAAGCGGAGCCCAGAGCAUCACCAGAAUUGCCUGCUCGUGUCCUGGCACCUUGCCACCCUUUCCUCUCCCCUCACCCAGACAUGUGGUAGGAAUGGAAAAGGAUUCUUCACAGAGCACCCUGGCAGACUGUAUGAGAGAAAAAUUGAUAGAUAGUGUUUUUUCUUGAAUAGCUCACUACAGCCUCUCUUCUCCACAUUGAUAUGUUCUCUCUAUAGUAAGAGUUUCUA